UGAAAAUAUCAUCUAUUAUUCUCUUACCACAAUCACAAUUUUUUCACAUACAGUUUCUUACUCUUUUCAGAGAAUUAACGUUGAGUCCAUGGCAUCUUCUUCUUCUUCUUCUAGAUGGAGCUAUGAUGUUUUCUUAAGUUUUAGAGGCGAAGAUACUCGAAAAACGUUUACAAGUCACUUAUACGAAGUCUUGAAUGAUAAGGGAAUAAAAACCUUUCAAGAUGAUAAAAGGCUAGAGUACGGCGCAACCAUCCCAGGUGAACUCUGUAAAGCUAUAGAAGAGUCUCAAUUUGCCAUUGUUGUUUUCUCAGAGAAUUAUGCAACAUCAAGGUGGUGUUUGAAUGAACUAGUGAAGAUCAUGGAAUGCAAAACUCGAUUUAAGCAAACUGUUAUACCGAUAUUCUAUGAUGUGGAUCCAUCACAUGUUCGGAACCAAAAGGAGAGCUUUGCAAAAGCCUUUGAAGAACAUGAAACAAAGUAUAAGGAUGAUGUUGAGGGAAUACAAAGAUGGAGGAUUGCUUUAAAUGAAGCGGCCAAUCUCAAAGGCUCAUGUGAUAAUCGUGACAAGACUGAUGCAGACUGUAUUCGACAGAUUGUUGACCAAAUCUCAUCCAAAUUAUGCAAGAUUUCUUUAUCUUAUUUGCAAAACAUUGUUGGAAUAGAUACUCAUUUAGAGAAAAUAGAAUCCUUACUAGAGAUAGGAAUCAAUGGUGUUCGGAUUAUGGGGAUCUGGGGAAUGGGGGGAGUCGGUAAAACAACAAUAGCAAGAGCUAUAUUUGAUACUCUUUUAGGAAGAAUGGAUAGUUCCUAUCAAUUUGAUGGUGCUUGUUUCCUUAAGGAUAUUAAAGAAAACAAACGUGGAAUGCAUUCUUUGCAAAAUGCCCUUCUCUCUGAACUUUUAAGGGAAAAAGCUAAUUACAAUAAUGAGGAGGAUGGAAAGCACCAAAUGGCUAGUAGACUUCGUUCGAAGAAGGUCCUAAUUGUGCUUGAUGAUAUAGAUAAUAAAGAUCAUUAUUUGGAGUAUUUAGCAGGUGAUCUUGAUUGGUUUGGUAAUGGUAGUAGAAUUAUUAUAACAACUAGAGACAAGCAUUUGAUAGAGAAGAAUGAUAUAAUAUAUGAGGUGACUGCACUACCCGAUCAUGAAUCCAUUCAAUUGUUCAAACAACAUGCUUUCGGAAAAGAAGUUCCAAAUGAGAAUUUUGAGAAGCUUUCAUUAGAGGUAGUAAAUUAUGCUAAAGGCCUUCCUUUAGCCCUCAAAGUGUGGGGUUCUUUGCUGCAUAACCUACGAUUAACUGAAUGGAAAAGUGCUAUAGAGCACAUGAAAAAUAACUCUUAUUCUGGAAUUAUUGAUAAGCUCAAAAUAAGUUAUGAUGGAUUAGAGCCCAAACAACAAGAGAUGUUUUUAGAUAUAGCAUGCUUCUUGCGAGGGGAAGAAAAAGAUUACAUCCUACAAAUCCUUGAGAGUUGUCAUAUUGGAGCUGAAUACGGGUUACGUAUUUUAAUUGACAAAUCUCUUGUGUUCAUCUCUGAAUAUAAUCAGGUUCAAAUGCAUGACUUAAUACAGGAUAUGGGUAAAUAUAUAGUGAAUUUUCAAAAAGAUCCCGGAGAACGUAGCAGAUUAUGGCUCGCCAAGGAAGUCGAAGAAGUGAUGAGCAACAACACAGGGACCAUGGCAAUGGAAGCAAUUUGGGUUUCUUCUUAUUCUAGUACUCUACGCUUUAGCAAUCAGGCCGUGAAAAAUAUGAAAAGGCUUAGGGUAUUUAACAUGGGGAGGUCGUCGACACAUUAUGCCAUCGAUUAUCUGCCCAACAACUUGCGUUGUUUUGUUUGCACUAACUAUCCUUGGGAGUCAUUUCCAUCUACAUUUGAACUCAAAAUGCUUGUUCACCUCCAACUCCGACACAAUUCUCUGCGUCAUUUAUGGACAGAAACAAAGCAUUUGCCGUCUCUACGGAGGAUAGAUCUCAGCUGGUCUAAAAGAUUGACGCGAACACCAGAUUUCACGGGGAUGCCAAAUUUGGAGUAUGUGAAUUUGUAUCAAUGUAGUAAUCUUGAAGAAGUUCACCAUUCCCUGGGAUGUUGCAGCAAAGUCAUUGGUUUAUAUUUGAAUGAUUGUAAAAGCCUUAAGAGGUUUCCAUGUGUUAACGUGGAAUCUCUUGAAUAUCUGGGUCUAAGAAGUUGCGAUAGUUUAGAGAAAUUGCCAGAAAUCUACGGGAGAAUGAAGCCGGAGAUACAGAUUCACAUGCAAGGCUCUGGGAUAAGGGAACUACCAUCAUCUAUUUUUCAGUACAAAACUCAUGUUACCAAGCUAUUGUUGUGGAAUAUGAAAAACCUUGUAGCUCUUCCAAGCAGCAUAUGUAGGUUGAAAAGUUUGGUUAGUCUGAGUGUGUCGGGUUGCUCAAAACUUGAAAGCUUGCCAGAAGAGAUAGGGGAUUUAGACAACUUACGGGUGUUUGAUGCCAGUGAUACUCUAAUUUUACGACCUCCGUCUUCCAUCAUACGCUUGAACAAACUUAUAAUCUUGAUGUUUCGAGGCUUCAAAGAUGGAGUGCACUUUGAGUUCCCUCCUGUGGCUGAAGGAUUACACUCAUUGGAAUAUCUGAAUCUCAGUUACUGCAAUCUAAUAGAUGGAGGACUUCCGGAAGAUAUUGGAUCCUUAUCCUCUUUGAAAAAGUUGGAUCUCAGUAGAAAUAAUUUUGAGCAUUUGCCUUCAAGUAUAGCCCAACUUGGUGCUCUUCAAUCCUUAGACUUAAAAGAUUGCCAGAGGCUUACACAGCUACCAGAACUUCCCCCAGAAUUAAAUGAAUUGCAUGUAGAUUGUCAUAUGGCUCUGAAAUUUAUCCAUGAUUUAGUAACAAAGAGAAAGAAACUACAUAGAGUGAAACUUGAUGAUGCACACAAUGAUACUAUGUACAAUUUGUUUGCAUAUACCAUGUUUCAGAAUAUCUCUUCCAUGAGGCAUGACAUCUCUGCUUCAGAUUCCUUGUCACUAACAGUAUUUACCGGUCAACCGUAUCCUGAAAAGAUCCCGAGUUGGUUCCACCAUCAGGGUUGGGAUAGUAGUGUAUCAGUCAAUUUGCCUGAAAAUUGGUAUAUACCUGAUAAAUUCUUGGGAUUUGCUGUAUGUUACUCUCGUAGCUUAAUUGACACAACAGCUCACUUGAUUCCCGUAUGUGAUGACAAGAUGUCGCGCAUGACCCAGAAACUUGCCUUAUCAGAAUGUGAUACAGAAUCAUCCAACUAUUCAGAAUGGGAUAUACAUUUUUUCUUUGUACCUUUUGCUGGCUUAUGGGAUACAUCUAAGGCAAAUGGAAAAACACCAAAUGAUUAUGGGAUUAUUAGGCUAUCUUUUUCUGGAGAAGAGAAGAUGUAUGGACUUCGUUUGUUGUAUAAAGAAGGACCAGAGGUUAAUGCCUUGUUACAAAUGAGGGAAAAUAGCAAUGAACCAACAGAACAUUCCACUGGGAUAAGGAGGACUCAAUAUAACAACAGAACUUCCUUUUAUGAGCUCAUCAAUGGGUGAUGUACAUAUCAACAACGAGUUUUUAAAGGAUUCCAACAAGUAUAACUUUUUAUGCUCAAAUCAGCUCCUUGUAUUGUGGAGAAAGCUGAGUACGAGAUGAAGUUGACGUCCGUUAUCCUUUAUGAUCUCUCUGUUCUUUGUGUUAACUUGCCUACUUCAUCAGAUGAAUAACAGAAGCCCGUUCCUCUCAUUCUCAACACUGUUUGCACGUCUGUUGUUACUUGUUAAAAUGGAUCUUGAUAAAGUAAUAACAUCUCUAUAUUACUUAUAAGUGGUUUUAACAAGUUCACUCUUUUGCUUUUGCAGUUCAAAUGGGAACACAAUGUAUAUUGAGAACUAGAACAAUGACACUGCAUAUAUAUAUAUAUAUGUAUGUAUGUAAUUCUCGUCUUUUGGACUAGAAUACCUUGUUUCAUUAUGAAAUGAAUUAACAUCUUCGCCUUUGCUGACAAGUAACCAAUUACAGAUGAAUGAAAUCACCUGAUCAACAUUCAUUAGCUUUGUAUUCUUUGACGAUUUCGGUUUCAUAACUCUUUCCCCUGCAGUUAAAAUAUGUAGUUAGCCCGAUUGCACCUCUAGGGCGCAGCGGAGUAUUAA